GAAAUUGUUACAUUUUGGACUACUUACUGACAGUAUUUUGUUGUUCACUCAUUAAAUCUUCUGAUGGAGUUUUGAUUGUCUGUGACAUUUUAUACGGAAUUAUUUUUUAUUUCAUUGAAGUGUUAAUGAUCUUUAGUUAUAAUUUAUUCUCAUAAUGAAGAAGUCUCUUGCUUAUGCACUUUUAAGUGCAAGGAUGCUGAUUUGAUGAAUGACUGGGGGAACUUGGAGCAGUUGUUUGAAUGAUACAGUGAUAAAACAGUGAAAAAGAUGUAUUGGGAAACCCCAUGUUAUGACAGAGUCCAUGAAAUUUGAAGAAAGUUUUCAGAAUUGCAGAGAUUAAAAGUUGUCAUUUUUUGAAUGGAUGAAAAAUUCUAAGCUUAGCUUUGGCAUGAUAUGAUAAACAUUAAGUGGAUACAUGCUCAGAAAUAGAUGAAUGCCAGAAAUUAAAUGUAGCUAAACACUUCUGUACUGGCAAAAUAUAUUGAUAUCAUGAGCAAUUAAUUGUAAUUUAAGGUUUGAUAUGAGAAACAUUUUGCAAAGACUUAGUAUUGAGAGGAAAACUGAUAAAGAAAAGGAUAUGAUAAACAGAUCAUAAGACACAGUGGUGAAAAUGUGAAGAGAAGAUGCUACAGAUAUUGUUUAUAUUAUGAAUGGAUUAUAUGAAAUCUGAUUGAAACAAUGAUCAUUGCAAGUGUGUGGAGAAUCUGCUAUAUAUGUACACUUAUGAAGAUAGCAUCAAUCUCAGGGACCAAAGUCAUUAAAGAUUACCAAGUCGUCUUUCCCAUUGUUGUGGACCGCAAUGGCAGCUUCCUAUCUCACUGGAACUCAACUCACAGUUCACAAAAUCACAGAUCCACCAAAGACCUCCACCUCAACAUUACAGGCUUCAAUCAAACAUUCCACCUUCACCUCCAUACCUCAUCCAAACUGCUGGCCCCAGGCUUCAAGGUCUACUAUCGCCAUGGUUACAGUAACCAUAGUGCCAGAGCUGAAGAGCACACUAGCAACUGUGAAUUCAGGGGAACUCUUCUUCCUCACUCUACUGAGGUAGCGCUGUCCCUAUGUGGAGGGGUGACAGGGAUUUUAAGAACAGUGGAUGAGGAUUUUGUUAUUGAGCCUCAUUCUGAGAUGACAUCAGAGACAGCAAACACAACCUCUCAGCAAGCCCAUAUCAUGUACAAACGGUCCACUGUAGCACAAAAUACUCCAUAUUUCUAUGAUAGUCAAACAUAUUAUCCACAUUAUGAAAAUACUGACAGAUAUUUUAACCCAACCAGAAGGAAACGUCACUCUUCCAAGCGACAAUCACAUAGUGCAUACGAAAAAUCCGUAGAGAUAUUAGUCGUAGUGGAUAGAUAUGUAUACUGGAACCACGGGAGACAAAACAUCACAACAUAUGUACUCAGUAUAUUCAAUAUCGUAUCUCAGCUGUUUCAGGACAGUUCCCUUGGUUACAAAGUCAACAUUAUUCUUGUGGGUCUCAUCAUCCUGGAUCAUGAAGAGCCAGGGUUACUUAUUACCCAUCAUGCAGAUAAGACUCUGAAUAGUUUCUGCCAGUGGCAGGCAGUGAUUGGAGGUCGUCGCCAUCGGCAACAUGACCAUGCUAUCCUACUGACUGGCCUUGACAUUUGUGCACACAAGGACUCUCCAUGUGAUACUCUGGGCUUUGCUCCCAUCAAAGGUAUGUGCAACAGACUAAGAAGUUGUAUUGUGACAGAGGACACAGGACUCUCUACAGCAUUCACCAUUGCUCAUGAGAUUGGUCACAAUUUUGGGAUGUUUCAUGAUGGAUCAGACAACAACUGUCAUCACAACACAGGGACCAUCAUGUCCCCCACCCUCAGCUCCAAGACAGGCACCUUCACCUGGUCCCGGUGCAGCAGGGAAUACCUGGCCCGCUUCUUUAAUACGAUACAGUCUGACUGCCUGUCUGAUGAACCCAUCAGAGUCGCCUCCCUUAGAUUCCCAGACAAACUUCCAGGCCAGAUAUUUGAUGCUGAUACUCAGUGUAAAUGGCAGUUUGGGAAACACACUCAGCUCUGCAUAUUUGACUUUGGAAAGAGAGAGGUGUGUCAGAAACUUUGGUGCUACAAAGGAGGUCAGAUGUGUGAGACAAAAUUUUUACCAGCAGCAGACGGCACAUCCUGCGGUCAUGGUAUGUGGUGUAAGCAGGGAAAGUGUGAAUCAUUUGGCAGACAAGGUCCAGUUCCUAUCAAUGGUGGCUGGUCAGAGUGGACACAGUGGUCAUCUUGUUCCCAGAGCUGUGAGGGUGGGGUCAAACACCGUUCAAGACGCUGUGACAGUCCUAGACCACAGUACAGCGGAAAGGCGUGUCCAGGGGACAAAGAAACCCACAAGAUGUGUAAUUCGCAGAGAUGCCACAGUAGAAAACGGGACCUCCGGGAGGAACAGUGUCGUGUGUAUAACCAUGUACCGUUCCGCGGCAGGAUGUACCGCUGGACAGCCUAUAGACAGAUCCACGAUGUUAAGGAACAAUGCAAGCUGUACUGCGAGGCAGAUGGGUACAACUUUUUCUAUGCUCUUUCCAAACAAGUUAAAGACGGGACCCCCUGCAAUGACUACUCUAGCGAUAUCUGUGUUCAUGGGAAAUGUGAGCACGUGGGCUGUGACAACAUUGUUGGGUCCACUGCUUCUAAAGAUCAGUGUGGUGUGUGUAAGGGAGACAACUCUUCCUGCAGUGUAUUUGAAGGCCAGUUCAAGGAGCAACCAAGGAGAAAUACCUACUUUCCUGUGGUGGUAAUCCCAGGUGGCGCUAGUGGUCUCGUUUUCUCGGAGGCGGCUAUCAGUCCCAAUUAUCUGGCUAUUAGGGAUGUAUAUGGUAAAUAUUUUCUGAAUGGUGAAUGGCAGAUGGUGUCUGAAGGGGUGUUUGAUAUUGCUGGAACUCAGUUUGUUUACCAACGCAACUAUAGAGAGCCAGAAAAACUCACUGCUGAAGGACCAACCACACAAGAUAUCGUUCUAGAAAUCCUGGUUCAAGGUGUCAAUCCAGGUGUUUCCUAUAAAUACACACUCCCCAAACCAUCCAACAGUCCCAUCCUCCACAAUUACACUUGGAGCAUCAAAGUCUCUGCGUGUAAUAAGCCAUGUGCAGGAGGUAAAAGAACAUCAACUGCCCAUUGUUACCGGGAUAAUGGGGAGGAGGUGUCACCUAGAUACUGUGAUCAGAGGUCACGACCUCAAACUGGUGUGUCUGACUGCAACAUUCAUUAUUGUUCUCCCAGAUGGUACACUGAGCCCUGGAAGAAGUGUUCUAGACCGUGUGGAGGCGGUGUGCAGAAAAGGAAGAUAUACUGUAAGCAGAAGAUCAGCCAAUCAGAUGACCGACGUGUCAGCAGACGACGAUGCAGUAGGCAGCUGAAACCCAAAAAGAGGAUUCCCUGUCAGACACAGGAGUGUCCAGCCGCCUGGUUCAGUGGCAAGUGGUCUCAGUGCUCCAAAACUUGUGGUAAAGGAGUGAAGACCCGAGUAAUAUCUUGUCGUAGUCGAACCCUGAAGGGCUGGGUGAUCCUGUCAGACAGGUUCUGUCAACACAAACCUCCCCUGGUCAAAACCCGAGGGUGUAGAGCGAGAAAAUGCCCCCCUAUCCUAGAGCAGAAGUGGAUCCUGUCUGCUUGGUCACCGUGUUCAGCAAGUUGUGGUUUAGGCACUCGAGACCGUGAACUUGGGUGUGAAGAGAGGAAAAAUGGACAGGACUGGAACACGGUGAAUCCCAGUCACUGUAGCUUUCUAACAAGACCGAAUAGCACCCUGGCUGAGGUCUGCAGGCUCAAGGAGUGUCCCAAAGAACCAGCAUCUUACUGGAAUGUGUCGCCAUGGUCAGAGUGCUCUACAACCUGUGAUCAGGGUGACCAGACUAGAUUAGUUCACUGUUUGGACAAGGUCACCCAGGAGUUGUCUUCUGGGUGUAAUGAGAGCAACAAACCCAUCUCCACUCGAACCUGUCAAAGCAAGCCCUGUUCUAAACUAGAUCCAGAUUGCACAGACAAGUUUAAGUGGUGUUACCUUGUUCCUAGACACAACAUCUGCAGCCAUCACUUCUACGGGAAGAAGUGUUGCAAAUCUUGUAACAGUCGGAUAUAAACUUACUACAUUAGAUUCUGUGGCUGUUGUCUGUGAUAUUCAUUUAGAUAAUUCUAAGCAUUGUUUUCUUGAUUGCAAACCCAAAACUGUAUAACAUUAUGAAUAAUGUCAUAAUUUUUGUUCUGUCGUUAUACUACAAAGUUUCAGCUCAAUGAACUGUCACACACCCAUAUCGUGGUCACACCCUUAUCACGGAGGGAAAUUAUGAACUGUCACACACCCAUAUCGUGGUCACACCCUUAUCACAGAGGGAAAUUAUGAACUGUCACACACCCAUAUCGUGGUCACACCCUUAUCACGGCGGGAAAUUAUGAAUACUGUUUACAGACAUGUAACUAGGAUUAUAAGCUUACAAUCACAACUGUUACAGACAUGUAACUAGGAUUAUAAGCUUACAAUCACAACUGUUACAAAGUUGCUGACACAGAAAUUUUGACGAUGAAGUUAAAAGCAUUUUGACCCCCAAAACAUAAAUAACGCAACCAGGCUGAAAAACAUUCACGGGUACAUGGACGUCUCUGUUUUGACUGAAGUUUCGAGACUUGCUCAUCAAUGAAAGUACAUGCACCUUGAGGUUUUGGACAGAAUAUUUUCAAAAACUAUGCACCUGCAUGUGUAACUCUGUAUAAGUGGAAAAACCAUGAAUCUUCGUUACUUGCAUUGUCAUAAUUAUCUCAACAAUUGCUGUGCAAUCUGUAACUGGAUGUGUCCCACUGGCAGCGAGAUUUUAUUUACACGACUGUAAAGAGUCAUCCAUCUUGGCGUUUGAUAUGCUUCAAUAAGUAAAUACUCAUUAACAGAAAACCUUAGGAAAUGUUCAGCACUAAGAGUACAGGAGGAAUCAAAAUGUCAUCACCUCAAGGCGACCGUAACAUAUGACUACCGAAAUAUACAAGGCUCCAUGACCAUUAAGUCAGAAUUGACUUAAUUAAAUCUAAUACUGUAUAUAAGUGGUAUUUUUAGCGAGACACAAAUUUAUCAAUUUUUCCAUAAAUCACGGGUAUACAUAGUUAGCGAGAGCUAAUUUUAGCGACUUUAUAAUUCCAAGAAAGAUAUAGCCAUUACCUGCGAUAUGGAGUAGAUAUUAGCGAUAUUCAAUUUUAGCGAUCUCAACACUGUCGCUAGUAAUGCCAAAAAAUCAUUGCUGAAAAUUCUGCAUAUACGAUAAUAUUGAUAUUUGGAAGUCAGUAAAAUUCAUAUCAUGAGAGUAGAUUUUGAACUAUGAUUCAAAAUGUCUCAAAGUAUUUGUGUGAUUAUCAUUUUAAACAAGGCAUGGGCAUAUACAAAGUCUUAUUUCGCUUAAGUCUAUUCACUGUUCGUGGAGCCAGAAAUCACGAUACUCUGUCUGAAUGCCAUUCUGAUAUAAGCAAUUCAUUUCAUCAAUGCUGUGCCAUCCCUUGUAUGUAAGGAAUACAUUAUAUUGAUUUUGUUUUUUUGAUAUUUGAUAUGAAAAGUCAGGUUAGUGAUAAUAUCGUAUUAAAUACGAAUGUGUUAACAAUAUACAUCGUGCAUGUAUGAGGUCGAUGAAUUUUAAACUUAAUUUGUACUGUUUGUUUUUCAUAUACAGUAACUAAUAUCAAUGUGUCCAGGUGCAAAAUUUUGAAUGAAUGUGUAUUUUCUACUCAUAGAUAUGUUACAGGCAAUACCUAUUUGAAUUGUAUUGUGAAAUAUUUGACAUUUUAAGAGCAAUAUUAAUGUAUUUACUAAUGAUGCUAAUUCAGGGAUUACAUGUAUCAUGAACUUUUUUAACACAGUAACAUUUUUGCCUGAUGACAAAUACUCCAUCUGCAAUAGACAAUCUCAUAAUUAUUAAUUAUGUAUUGAUAGAGAUCGAGCCAAAGUUGCUUUAAUUUAUGACUUGUAUGUAUUACAGUUUCCAAAACACAAAACUGGUUAAUAUAUUAUGUGUUUUUUAAAAUCACACAACGUACAGUAUUAUUUCCGGGUUCACAAUGCGGGUUCGAAAAAGCGAUAUGAACUCGUAGCACAGGUUAAUAACUAUGCAAAUCAUGUCGGUCAAUCAUAUGUAUUCAUGUGCCACGUAAACAAAACAUGACAUCCUUUGAAGUUGGCGACUCUAACAAAUUGACGGUAAAUGUGUUCUAAGAGGAGUUUGUAUUUUUUAAGUGAAAUUAAAGCAGCAUUGACUGAGAAACAGAAAUUUGAAGUGACAAACUUAAUUCUCAAAACCGUGACAGAGCAGAUGACAUCAAACAAUAUUAACAAUGUGAAAAAUGCAAAUUUGUGCAUUCUGACAGAUACAAAAUUGUUAACUUUCUAGAAUUUAUACUAUAUACGCUAUUCAUGUCAAUCAUAAUUAUUCUUGUUUCAUUUGUUGUAAUAUGACAUCACUUAUUUAGCUUUCUAGUUGACGUGUUUAUCUUGAGAUCUUAUUUCUUGGGUCAAGGACAUUUAUCAGACGAUGUAUUGAGGUUAGGCUGACCUUAAAUUGAAAACAAUCACAUGGAAUGGAAAGUAACAAAGAUAGGCAUUUAUUGAUAGUUGUGUGAGACAUGUAAAAUAGAAUCUUAUUCUUGUGCUCGAGAAAUAUUAAAACCGGCAACUCAUUUCAUAUGCCAUAAGCACUUGUUCAAGAUCACAGCUAAUACAAUUGUUUUUGCUUUAACAUGCACAUAUUUUAUAAAACUGCAAUAGGUACCUUUAUCAAUGCGAGAAACUAAGAAUGAAGUUAUUAUAUGUGAAUAUACUUCACAUAAUCUGAUAGUUUGUGUUUUAAUCUAUCAAGUCCCCACCAACAUGCAUAUUUUUCUGAACCCAUGAAAAUUAGUGUUCCUUAAGUAUUUUAUGUUCUUUUCAAAAGAUCAGUGUAAAAUACUUUUAUGAUUUCUUUAAUUACAAAGUCAGUUACUUAAAAUAGCACAUCAGCAUAUGAUGGUACAAUAAUUCAAUUUAUACAGAUAGCCACUGCAAGUUCCCAAAUAAUAGUCUAUUUCAGCCUUCCUUGUGGUUCAGUAUAGUCUAACAGGUUUAAUUCACGGCAUGGUCUUUUGAUGUUUUUCUGUGUUUUGGACAAGAUGCAUUUUUUGAAUUGUCUCAGUCUGCCGAGCACUGGUGUCCCAGGGAGUCAAACUCUCAUCCGCUUGGCACCACAGACAUUUAGAAUAAGCACCAGCCUUGUUCUUCUUCGGGGCUUCUCUACCCAGGGAAGACUUUUAACUCAGAAACGACACUGUCCGACUGAAGAUCAGUGUUUUUGUGGAUCCAGCAGAAGGGAUGAGUAAAAGUGACCCCCAGUACGGAAUAUCUAAAACACAUCGUUUCCUUUUUUUAUUUUGAAUAUUGUGAUUCUCUGAUACACAAACCUAUUUCAAUGCACAAUUUUGUGUGUAAAUGAUAUCUGUGUUCGAUGUUUGACUAUUGUCUUCAUUUAAUAUACUAUGGUGGGUUUUUUUGUGUUUUUUGGAUGCAUGUAUAAAGUUAUGUCAUUAUAUUUGUGUCCUAAAAGCAGAUGUCAAUUUUGUUUAUGUAACAUAUGCUGUAUUCUUUCAUACUUUUGUAUCAAAUAAAUGAAAUUGAAUGAAAUUACAAACUG